AGCCCACCCCAUUCAAUUGAGAGAGUUCCCCGUUUCUGGAAACACGAAAUACAACAUACGUCAAGCGUCGACCUCAACUCGGUCUGCCGCCAUCGAAGAAUCCAGAACUAGGGUUUUGGUCGCUUUUCAGAAUGGCCGGAGGUGGAAAUUUCAUUCACAGAGUGAUAUCUUAUGUGGCUAAUGAGCUUAUUGUGAAUGGACUUGCGAACAGUCCUAGAUUCCAGAGGUUUGCUGUGAGGACAUCAAAGAAGAUGGAGGAAUUUUCUGAUAUUGCUGCUCAGAAGAAGAAAGAACUAGCUGAGCAAAUGAAGGAUGUGUCUAAGAAUUUUGAGUCAUUUAAGAACCAGUGAUGCUAGUUGCUGAUUUACUGGCAUGGGAGUAGUUGUACAGUACUAUGCUUGAUACGGACGAUAGCUGAAGCUCUGCUGAAUUUGCUUGGAAGAUGGGUGUUGGAUUGAAAUUUUGUACUCAACAAUAAUGUGGUGCCCAAUUAUGUAGCUCAACAAUAAUGUAAUUAACAGAGAGAGUUGCCAGCCACUUAAUUUGGUGGCUGGGGUGUAAUGAUUGCUAAUGUCGUGAAUAGACCUUCUGACUGUCUCUUAUCUUCGGUCCUCGGUUCUUCCUGUUCUAUUGUCAUUCCUUGUUCUUUCUGU